GCGUGCGUCACUUGCUUGACCAUCCAGGCACGCAUGCGCACUGUGUCCGUACGCUGAUGCAAGACUCGUCCAGCGGCGCAGCGGAGUGGAGCUGAACCCGGAGAAAUAAGGCGGCACAUCGCAGACUUUACCCGCAGCAAACAUGUCCGGAGACGAGAUGAUAUUCGAUCCCAACAUGACCAAGAAGAAAAAGAAGAAGAAGAAGCCGUUCAUGUUGGAAGAGGAUGGAGGAGAGGGUCCAGGCGCAGCAGAGGAGGCCAAAGAGGUGGAGACCAAGGAGGCGGAGCCCGAGGCCGGCGAGGACAGAGAGGUGGACUUUGACGAAGAUGACAGCAGGAAGAAAGAAACCUCAGAUGAUUUGAAUGACUUAAAUUUCUUGAAUCAAAAGAAAAAGAAGAAGAAACCAAAAAAAGUGUUUGAUAAUGAACUGGAAGAAGGAAUGAAGGAGCUGAAAAUAGAAGGGGAGCAGACAGAGCCGCUGGAAGAGGACAAUUUAGACCUCGUACUUCCACAAAAGAAAAAGAAGCAGAGGAAAGUGGAGUUUAAUGAGGAUGAAUUGGAGAAAGAUGACACCCUGGAAGACGAUGACGGUAAGAACAAUGACGGCAUCUCCUUCAGCUCCUCCAUAGGACCGGCCUGGGCGGGCUCUGAGCGAGACUAUACCUACGAUGAGCUGUUGAAUCGAGUGUUCAACAUCAUGAGAGAGAAGAAUCCAGACAUGGUGGCCGGAGAGAAGCGGAAGUUUGUGAUGAAGCCUCCUCAGGUCGUCCGAGUGGGAACAAAGAAAACCUCCUUCGUCAACUUCACAGACAUCUGCAAACUGUUGCAUCGUCAGCCCAAACAUCUCCUCGCUUUCCUUCUGGCUGAGUUGGGUACGAGUGGUUCCAUAGACGGAAACAACCAGCUCGUUAUCAAAGGCAGAUUCCAGCAGAAACAGAUAGAAAAUGUGUUGAGAAGAUAUUAGUAAGUAUCUGAGGGCGGUUUGAACCCAUCUGAACGAAAUGUACUCAACCCGAGGUCAACAUUUACAUAAUAUCUGCAAAUACUGUACCACCAACAGUUUCCUCUCAAGGUGAAAGUAGUCACAUGUUUAAAAAGCAGUAAGAAAUGCUGACGUAGCUUUAAUUUUUCACCAUUUUAUUUGUACUAUUAUUACGUUUAACAGCGAAAUAUAAAAUGUAUUUCAAAGAUGCAUGGAGAAGACACUGAACAUAUAUUUGGGAUUUGGAGUAACGUUUCAGAUGUGGUUACUUUUAACACACAAUACUUUUACUAAUAGCAUAGUAAUACUUGGACUCCAUCUUAGGCUUGUAACAAUAACAAAUUUUGCUGGACGAUUAAUUGACGAAGAAUUUAUUGCGAUAAACGAUAGUAUUGAUAUUUUGAGACCAAUCUCAACGAACAGACAUUAUUUAUUUAAAAUUUUGUUAUUUUAUAUUUUGCUUGUUGUUGCUGGAUUCAGUAUUUAAGCAAAACUAUUAUUGAACAUUUAUUUUAGUAAGAAAAGGUUUAACAUUACAUAUCUCGAAAGAAGAGAAAACAUGCAGAUGUCGUUGAAAUUUUCCAAUAUAUAUUUAAUUUGGCCCACGACUUAGUUCCAGUUUUUAAUUUUGGCCUCUGUGAAUUUGACUUUGACACUCCUGGGAUAGAGGAUUUUCCAAGGAAAGAGAAAUACAGCGACUGUUUGUCCAUUUUCAAAUGUUGCUCAUUCGUGACACCCCUUCUCCACAGCUCCCUAAGUAGAAACACCACCUCCUGCUGUCUCCUUGCGCUAGAAAUCAUGUUUGUUAACAGCCGCUGUGAGUUCAGAAUUGCCAAACAAAUUGCUGUUGAAGUUACCGGUCUAGAAGCAAUAUAGUGAACAAUGCAUUAGGGGUCUCCAACUUGUAGCUUGGGAGCUGCCAGUGGUUUGACUUACAACCUAAUGUUUAUCUGGCCCCACUACGACUACAGUUAAUGGAUUAAUGGAUUUUUAUUUUUUAUUUUUUUUGGUCAUCAUAAUUACAAAGCUGAAUCUCUGUAAUGCUAGUCUGAACUUCCAUUAACAAUUUGAGGAGAUUGUGUAAUGGUUUGUGUGAAUGCAGAUGUGAAAAUGUGAAACAGCACCUUUCUUUUCUGUGGAGUGUGUAGCUCAGUCAGUUGAAGGUUUUGACUGUAUUUUGUCUAGUUUUGGACUUAGAUUUAGUCUUGGAUAUUAUGUAUCCACAAAGGGAUAAAUUUACAAAAUUAUACAUUACAAAGUACUUAAAAAAAAAAAAAAAAAAGGAUAGGAGUGUGAUGACUGAUUGGGAGGAAGGUUAGGAAUGGAUGGUUUGUUGGGAUGUCUAUUUUCAUUUUGCCCCUGAUGCCCAAGACAGAUUUCUCCCUUUAAAGCAAAUAAAACUAAUCUCUCUCUGUCUUUCCCCAAACAGAGGAGUAUGUGACAUGUCAUACCUGCCGUUCACCUGAGACCAUCCUACAGAAGGACACGCGCCUGUACUUCCUCCAGUGCGAGACGUGCCACUCCCGCUGCUCCGUCGCCAGCAUCAAGACCGGUUUCCAGGCCGUCACUGGCAAAAGGGCGCAGCUCCGGGCCAAAGCCACCUAAAGCCCCGCGCCCCCCGGCCUGGCGAGCUGGCUGCAAGGACUCUGUUUGGGAUUGUGGGGGUUGGCUGGUGUCUGUGGGGCCUGAGCGGAGCGAGAGAGGAUCUGAAGAGAGAUGGUUCAGGCUCAAAUGCAGAUGAUACGUUGGAUGCAUUUGAUUUGGUGAACCCUGCACCACUUAGUUGUUUUUUUUUUUCCAUUUUGCUGUGAUUCUUGAUACCUGCAAAAAAUUUACAUGAACAUGGCUUGAAUCUUUUCUCGAUCUUUCCUCAAAAUGUUGUAAUAUUUCGUUAACAGAGUUGUACAUGCAAACAGACUAUAAUACUUUCUGACCACUUGCCUUUACUCAGUACUAGGAUGUUUUAAAUAUCAAAUUGGAUUAAAGCAUUUUAAAUAAACAUCAUAGGAAUCCUUUUACAGGGCUCUCUGAUAAUUAAAAUACACAAUGGACCUAGAUCCGUGUUGUUCCACAGGUUUAUGCAACAGAAACGCUGGUGUAACGUCGGACAUCAGUUUUUCUUUAUUUCAUUUUACAAUACAAUUAUCUAAAAAAAAGCAUUUAUCUCCAUAUUUGAACAUCUUUAUUCAUAUAACUGACUUCUGAGCAGGCAAGUCACUCUCUGAGGACACCUCCUAAUGAAGCCGAUCAUAAGACUGAAAACCUGGUUCUUGUGAUGGGAGUGUGUAGAACUGGCUGAUGUUCUUUUCAAAUCAGAUUUUUACAAAAAUAAAAUAUUCAACUCUCUCCA